AUGGCAUCAAAGCUUCGACCAGCUGGAAUAUUCAUGGCUGAGCCAAUUACGUCUAAAACGUUACUGGCGGCUAAUCCUGACGAUAUGAAAACUAAAAUGGAGCUACUGGUUAUGAAAAUUCAAGGAAUUUGUCACGCAUUACAAAACGAGGAAUUUUUUGGGAAAAAAUUCACUGUUGAUCGUUGGGAACGGAAAGAAGGUGGAGGUGGAAUAACCUGUGUACUUCAGGACGGAGACGUUUUUGAAAAGGCCGGGGUCAAUGUAUCGGUCGUUCAUGGUUUGCUACCAAAAGGAGCUAUACAACAAAUGAGAUCACGAGGAAAAGAACUCGCCGAAGGCGAUAUACCUUUCUUUGCCACAGGAGUCAGCGCUGUAAUCCACCCACGUAAUCCAAUGAUUCCCACAAUCCACUUUAAUUACCGCUACUUUGAAGUAACAGAUUCAAAGGGCAAUAAACAAUGGUGGUUCGGUGGAGGAACGGAUCUUACACCAUAUUACCUCAAUGAGGAGGACGCACUUCAUUUCCAUCGGACUCUGAAACAGGCCUGCGAUGAACAUGAUAAUGAUUAUUAUCCUAAAUUCAAGGAAUGGUGUGACAAGUAUUUUUUUAUUCCCCAUCGAAAUGAAUGCCGUGGCGUAGGAGGAAUAUUUUUCGAUGACUUGGAUACACCAGAUGAAGAUAGCGCAUUCGAAUUCGUAUCCAGUUGCGCACAUUCUGUAAUUCCGUCCUAUCUUCCCCUUGUUCAGAAACAUAAAAAUGAAUCAUAUGGCGACCGCGAACGACAAUGGCAGUUGCUACGCAGAGGGCGUUAUGUAGAGGUUACCGACAAGCUAGUGAUCGUGAUUUCGAAUCUUAUUAGAAUCUGGUUGACAAAAUCAGGAUAA